GCGGUUGAGGGUGCUCCGAGCACAAAUAUUUAAUAUAUAUAAUUAUCUAAAUUUAACUUAAUGCAUAAAGAUUGAAUUUUGCGUUGUGUAACUUUAACAGCUGGCCAGCUGGCAUAAUGUGUAUGCGCCUGGAUUGUUUCCUGUAACCCAUGUAUAACAAUGCUUCUUUAUAUACAAUGCUGGGAGACUUUGCCCUGUGACAGUGCUGAGAGAAUUUGCCUUGCUGUAUAAUGUGUAUAAUGUUUUCUCGUGUAUAACGCUUCUUCUCGCCUUGGGAGUUCUCGCCUUUGAGUUAUCUCCUUUAUAAGCCCUGCCCUGUACUGUACAGCUAGGCAGUGUGAGCCUGGACCAGCCAGUUGGAGGCCGGAGAGUAUCGUGACAUCGUUGUUGUUUUGUCGUUGUAACCCGAACUGUUUUGUUGAAUAAACUGAGUUUUCAACCUGGACAUGUUAUGGAGUCGGACUGUGGGCUAACGUCUUAUCACUUGACGCCCACAGCAGUUUCCCUAUUUUUCUUUUUUUCACAAGCAAGAAUAAUUAGUUAGUUAGGAACAAGUAGUGUAUAAUAUACUGAGGAAUCCUCUCCCUACACUAUAUCUGCUACCAGCUAAACGUAACAACUAACUAAUAAGCCAUAUAUUUUUUGUUUCAUGCAGAUAUACAUAGACUUUAAUGUGGGUAUACUGAUAUAUCAUGGGAGGCACACAGAGUCAGUACAUGUGUGAUGAACAUGUGGCUGCUCAUAUUAAAAGCAGACCUUUCCUUGAACAAGAACUUAAUAGUUGUGUCCAAGGAAAAGCGAAGUUGGCUUCUUUUGAUGUUGUUGAUGGUAAUGGAGUGAUUUCAUAUACACUUGAAAACGGAGCCACUGUUGUAGAAUGCAAGUCAAAGCUGGAUGAAUUCUUUAAGAAAUUUAUGACUUUUAGUGAAUCGUAUGACCCACAAAAAAUACCAUUUCAUCUUUCUUCCCACAUGCUUCAUGCCGGUGUGGACUGUACUGUUAAAUGGGAUAACCCAAAUCACAGUGUACAAAUCACUGGUAAUAAGAAUGAUGUGAAGGAAGUAAUAAAGAAGUUGCGUGAAUAUCAAAACCCGACGUUGCCACCUGCCGUGUCAACUGCUCCGCCACCGCCAACUGUCACUGUAAACAACAACCUCCCCCCAAAGUCAUUUGGCUUCACGUACCCACUAGCCCAAUUUCAAACAACAUCUGUGCAACCAAACACCACUACUUCAAGUGUCACUACCGCCAACGCACCUUCUAAUGCACCAAUAAAUCCCCUACCUACUCCUUCACCACCUAGUGGUCCCAGUACUUCAUCCAGUGCCCACCAACCACCUGAAACAUUUACAUAUGACAUUGAAAUCGGCCAACCACCAAGGACCCCAACCCCAGAUCCUCUCACGGAGUUUGUAAUGGUAGCCCCACAGUUCGCAGUCGCUCGUUUUAUUAAAUAUUCAAGGGAGGAAAGGUCCCGAAUGGAAACAUGUUUAUACAAAACUGGUGAUGUGGAGAUUGUGGAAAAUGCAGAGAAAAAGCUGGAGUAUAUUAUUCGCCCUCGACAAUAUUUGGUUCUUCCUAAAACCCAAAAAGAGUAUGAAAAAAAGUGCCGAAAAGAAUUACUCGCUUAUCUUGAUAACUACAGCAGUUAUUUCUGCAAAUUCAAUCGUGAAGUACUUCAUUCUGCAAUGGAGAGAAACCCAUUUUAUUUCAACGAUCGAUCACCCAGAGAAAAUAGGAUUGUAUUUGUACGUUGGUACAUGGAUGACUGUAAGGUUUUGGUUGCUGGACCAAAACAAAAGGUGGAAAAUGAAUUAGACCGAAUUUAUUCAGUUUUGCAAAUCCCAAGACCAGAGAAUCUUACAACUUUUGAACUUUAUAUUGAAAACCCAGAGAUUGCUCAAUUCAUUGAAUCAUCCGAGUAUUAUCGGGAAUUAUUAUUUAAAACGUUCGAAGAAACAGCGACGGUUAAUAUUGUGCGAAAACAAAGAAACAUUGCUUUCAAGUUCCGUUCUAUAUAUGAAGUUGAUGAAGAUGAAGUGGAAAUGUUCAAAGACAAUUGCAAACAAGUUUUGAAUGAAUUUACUUCACAAUUUUCACAUUGGUCCAGCAAAUAUCCUGCAAACCAAAUACAAAAAGCAAAAAGACAGUCUUCUUCUGCGUUUACUUGCACCCAGGAUGUGACAGUUAAAGUUGACAACUCAUACCUGUCAAUCAUUGGAUUAAAUGAAAUAGUUGAAGGAAGAAAAGAAGAAAUGUUAAAAGCAAUGCAAAUGGCAAGGAAAAAGAUAUUAUCGCAUCGUUGUCCUGCAAAAGAUUAUCAUGUUGCCGAAUUCAUAAACCAAAGAAGUGCAAGAAUGAAUGAACUCAAGCAAUCUUUUAGUCGCAUCGCAACACUUAAGAUAGUUGCCAAGGGAAAAGACAAACUGGAAUACCAAUUUACUUCUAAUGAAGAGAUGUUACCGGAAGAUCAAACCCAAUUUAAAAGUGAAUGCUUGGUAAAACUGAACAAAUUCUUGGUCAAAUAUACAUCUUGGGAGAAAACGUAUCCGCCUUCUGUUUUAAAAAUGGCAGCAAUGAAUAAUGACCCUUAUUUACAAAGUAUUGCUGGGCAUCGCUUGGAACGUUUUCUGCAUGAAAACAAGUUUGUAUUGGUGGGAGUAAAAAGCUGCGUGGAAAAUAUGAAAACUGAGAUAUCGAAUAUGAUGGAACACUACCAAAGAGAACACCAGAGGCUUACCUAUCAAUUUUUAUUGCCCGUUGCACCAAAGGAUUAUUAUGUUGCGAGUUUCAUCAAUAACUCCCCCACACACAUGGAGCAAUUGGUCCAGGAACUAUCUGCUGUUUGCCAAAUCUCAUUUAUUGAAAAUACAGAUAUUUUGGCACGGUUUACCUCAGUUGACAUGGUUUCGCCACACUUUGUACCAGCAUUUGAAAAAGAUUGUCUGGACAGGAUGCUGAAUUUUUUCAACCACCAUUUCUCAUGUUGGAAAUCUCUGCAAUACAAUGCUCAAAUGAUGGGAAAAGUCUUAGAGACAUACCCUGGUCUACAAGGCUUGCAAAGUGACAAUGUAAAAGUUAGAAUUGAAGCUGACUCUCUUGUGGUCACUGGGUUGAAAGGUGAAGUUGACAACAGGAGACAAAUGAUCCUUGAUGCGAUACAACUAAGAAACAACGGUCAACAAGGUGGAGGCUCAAGCAAAAAUUCAAGCACUUCUUUCCCUACAAACAGUAGAAGAAGUAGUGCAACUGGUUCAGAGGAAGGCAAUCAACCAAAGGCUGCGAAAACAAGCAGAAGACCAAGAAAUCGUGAACGCAGUAGUGCAGGUGGCUCACAAGAAAUCAAACCACAUUAUUCAUUCGUACAACCAAAACUGAAGAAUUUUGACAAGAUCAUAGAUUAUGUGUUUAACACACCUGCUCAUAUUGGUUCGUUGAGUGAGCAAGUUGGUAAAGCCACAAAAAUACAACGUCAUCCUAAAGCUAGGAAUCCCAAAGUGAAAUUUAUCACCAGAGUAGAAGCGAAAAACGCUUUGCCAGCCAGCGAAUUGCGAAAAAUUGCUCAAACUUUUUUCAAACAAUUUAGCUGCUGGUCACAGUCAUUCCCACAAGAACAGAUUGACCAAGCUGACAAGAAUUCUCCUGAAUUAGUUGAUAAAUUAAAAGACAAUCCUGUUUCUAUUCAAUGGAACAAUAACACUGCAAUAGUGGUUGGCUUAUCUGAAAAUGUGGAAGCAUUUUCUGCAGCUCUCAAAAAAGCACUUCAGCAAGACAAAGAAAUAGAAAUGGAAUAUUCUUCCCAAAAUGCAUUGCACUUGGUAAAAUGUGGUGCUGUUGAAGAAAUAUCAAAGAAGUAUAAAGAUUCAUUUGUAAUUUUGUUUUCGCUCGGAAAACUUAAGUUUAAAGGCAAGGAAAGCAAAGUGAAAGAAGUCAUAAAAGAAGUACAAGAAAUGAAUCUGAUUGACACAAAUCUUGAAAUGGUUGAAGAAAAACUUCUUCUGUUGAAAACUGCGUUGAAUUGUGUUGAACCUUGUGUUUACAAUCGAGAGUUUGUUGAAAACGAAAUUGAAAAACAAAAUCUUAAAGCUGCAAUAGAAGUUGAAAAUGAUGAAGUCCAUUUGAUGACAAUGACAAAUGAAAUGUCGGCACAGGCGGUUGCAAUACUCAAUAACAUGAUCACUACCCACCAGAUUGAAAUACCCAGUGAUAUUUCUCCGCUUGUGAAGCUGAAAACUUUACAAGAUAAAUUAAACAAGUUUACCAAAUGCUAUGUGGUAAAAAUUAAGGAAAAUGUCCUCGAGCUGAUACUUUUUGUUGGUGAUGACACCAAACUAAUUGAAGAAGCUAAAAGUUACUUGAACAGUUGUUGUCCUGAUUCACGAGUUCUUGAGUUCACCCCAGGAGUUACCAGGUUUAUUGGCAAGUAUUGGCUGAAUGAUGAAUCUUGUAGCUUGGUUCCUUCAUCUUUUUCAACCAAGGUUCUUGAACAAGGCAUUGAAUUCACUGGACCUCCUGAUGUGUUAGAUACAGUAAUAGAGAAACUAGUAAACAAAAACCUUGAUUGCCACAACUUUUCCUACUCUUCCCCUAAGCUGUCUACGUUAUUGGAGGAAAUCAAAUGGAAAGCAUUCGUUACUUUCCUUGAAGCAACUCAUCGAUGUACAGUCACUGCUGCAACAGAUUCAGCUGUUGCAUCAACCAAGUCUAGGUUUAAUGAAAGAAAUAAUGCUCUAAAUGACAUCGCAAAAGUUUCUGAAGCAAUGUUUGGAAAAGUGAAAGUGAAAAUUGUUGUUGGUGACAUCACAGAAGAAUAUUCUGAUGUCAUAAUCAAUGGUGCUACCAGUGAUUUUGUGUUAUCUAGAGGAACAGUUUCAUCGGCCCUUUUAAAAGUAGCUGGGCCAGCAAUGCAGGAUCAAUGCAACAACAAUCCUGUAAUGACGUAUCCCGCUGUAAAUCCGAGUAUUCGAGUCACAGACAGUUUUAAUCUGCUGUGCAAUCACGUCGUUCAUCUAGUCACGCCGCGUCAAUCCUCAAUGUUGGCGGCACAUAUCAAGGAUGCAAUGGAAGUAGCAGACAUGCUAAAAGCUGAAUCUGUAUCAAUACCUACCCUUGGUGCUGGUGGGAUUGGUUUGGAUUGUGGUGAAAUUGCAUCCGCCAUGUGUGAGGCAUUCGCCCAAUUCGCCGAAUCAUCACCAAGCUGUGUUCGGGAAAUACGAGUCGUUGUUUACGAAACAUCUAUUGUGGAAAUAUUUAAACGAGGAAUAACUGUUUGUAUGGGGUUAACCAACUACCUUGAAUCAUGUUGGCUUCGAUUCAAACAUGAUAAACCACAGGAAGAUAAUCUUUCCAUACAAAUUGUAUGCGAUGAUCAAAGUUGCUUAGAUCAAGUAAAACAUGAAGUAGAGAAGCACAUGAAAAGUGUGGUUGUUACCAAAACUAUAUCUGAUGAUGCGAUUCAUAACAUGAGUGACCAUGAUCGUAUUGAAGUAUUUGAUAUUUCAUGCGAUGGUUUGGUUAACGUGGAAUUACAACAAAAUUCAAUAACGCUGCAAGGUUUGGAUGAAAAUGUCGGUAAAGUUUACGAGUUGGUUCGUGACAAACUGAGAGAUAUAAAGUACCAGCCAACAAAUGGUGCAUGGGAAUGGAGCUUUGGUGGAAACAAGUUCCAUCCAUUACCAAUGCGUGUGUGUCAGCAGCUGGAAAAUUACAAGAACAGGGGUGGAGUCAACGUCAUUACAUUGUAUGGACAUUCACUUACAGUGACAGGAAUGGAUUGUGAGCUAAAUGGAAUCAAAGGGAAGUUGAAACAACCUGAUUAUAAAGAACAAGCAACCAGCAACGAUCUUCCAUCAAGCUGGAGCAACAUGGACGGCAGAUCAUUGAACGCAUUCAAAACCCUUCAUUGUACAAACAAUAUAACUUGA